GCCGCCUCCCAGAGGGCUUGAGCUUCUCAGGAGCAGCUCCUCCUGCCUCUGGAAGCCUCUCCAGACCUCAGAGUCACAGCAGAGGGCAGGUGCCCCCCACCCCUGCCCGGGGGCAGCCCUGCCCCACAGCAUCAUGAUGGGGAAACUCCCCCUGGGGGUCGUCUCCCCUUAUGUAAAGAUGAGUUCAGGAGGCUGCACGGAUCCCCUGAAAUUCUAUGCCACCACCUACUGCACAGCCUAUGGUCGGGAGGACUUCAGGCCCCGCAUGGGCAGUCACGAAGGCACAGGCUACAAAUCAAAUUACCGGCCUGUGGUCUCAUACCAGGCCAAUCCCGAUGCCCUGGACAACCCGGCCAUGGGGGAAGAAGUCCGCCACAAUUUCCAGUCAGUGACCAGUCAGAGCUACCGCCCCCUGGAGGUGCCUGAUGGCAAAUACCCGCUGCCUUGGCACAUGCAUCAGACCAGCUCUGGCUACUCUCGGGAGAAACCCAGUGCGGCGACCUCCACUAAGGAGGUCAGGAAGGUCCAUUUUGACACCCAGAACUAUCGGCCGCAGGCCAUCACAGGGCUGGAACGCAAGGUCACGCCUCUGCUCUACCAGCAGCAGGGCAAGGGCUCGCUGGAGUGGGACGAUGCCCAGCGCGGCCCACGCUUCAUGACUUCCGAGUACAACUCCAAGUAUCUCAAGCAGCCUUCAAACCAGCCAGAUCUCUUGCAGAAGAAAUCAAUUGGUGCCAAGGAGGAGACUGGCUUCACCGAAGAGUCUACCAAGAACCCCAUUGUCUUCCAGCCACCGGCCCAGGGCCUCCCUGGGGACCCGGUGCUCCUCCCUGGCCGGAGUGUCACCAGGUCCGACUUCCCCCCAGUGACCCACCUUCGUGGGGAUGAGUUCCUGCCUGUGCUGCCCAGAGGCUCCGAGCAGGAAACGGGCUACAGCCGAGUGAAUGAGAGGUUGCUGAACCCCAGAGUGGCCCCGCCUGGCCCGGAGCCUAGCAGCAUGAGCCACUGGCAAUUCCAGCCCCCGCAGCGGGUGCAGCAGACCAACGUCGCCCUGCUCGGCAGGGAGACUGUGGGGAACAAGGAGCCCACAGGGUUCAGCCUUAACAACCCCAGCUACAUCCGGAGCCCCUCUGACCCCGACAUGGAUAAUCGGUACCUGACCACCUAUAACCAAGGGUACUUUGAGAACAUCCCGAAGGGUCUGGACCGAGAAGGCUGGACUCGAGGCGGCCUCCAGCCCCAGAAGCCUGGAGGCUACGCCCUCAACCAGCCGGUCACCCGCAUGGAGGCCCCCCCCACCCCCGCAGAGAGCCUCCGGGGCCUGCACCCCCACGUGGGAAGAACCCUGGUGGCGGAGGACCCCUUUUACCGAGGCUCCGCGCCUCCCAGCAGCCGGUUCGCCACGCCCAGCUGAGCCUCAGGCUGGGUUCGCCAGCCCAGCGGGACAGGGGCCACAGGGGCCGGGUUCCCAUCCCAUCGCCUGCUGGGACUCCCCUGGCUACUUUCCUAAUGAAAUAAAGAGCCGUGCGAAGCCGG